AUGGUGAGUGCUCCACCCACGGUGGGCGAGCAGAGCAGGCAGACCCGGAACCGAGGCCUGGGCGGCGGGGUGUCCAGUAUUCCCAGGUUGGUGUCCCGGGCAGACCUCGAGCCCCACACGCAGCGAGCUGGAGUAGUCCAGGGAAAAAAGAAGAGGAAAAAGCAAGCCCGAAACCUUGCUGGCGGAGGUCGGCACUCGGCUCUCCGCGGUCUCUGCGCCCCCGGGCUCCUCGUGCCGCUACCUGGCGUCGCGCACGGCUCCGCUAACGGCCGGGGCCACCUUGUAGGGCCUCUGCGUCACCCCCCGGCCGCCUUGCAAACCUGCCGGGAGCGGGGACAAGCGCCGCCGCCCGCGGAGGACGAGGGCGAGGGUGAGGCCGAGGGCGCGGCGGACCGCGGCUGCGCCCUCGCCUGGAGGGGACUCGCGGGUCGGACGGCCCCCGCGCGGCGGAGGCGGAGCCCAGGGGACGAGCUCGGAGGGCGCCGCCUGCUGGGCCGCUGGGGCUGGCGCCCCACGCACGCUCCGACCUCGGCUCGCACUGCGCACUACCCAGAGCAGCUGCAGGAUCACCUGCACCAGCACCCUGCACCUACCCAGAGCAGCUGCAGGAUCACCUGCACCAGCACCCUGCACCUACCCACAGCAGCUGCAGGAUCACCUGCCCCAGCGCCCUGCACCUACCCAGAGCAGCUGCAGGAUCACCUGCACCAGCACCCUGCACCUAUCCAGAGCAGCAGCAGGAUCACCUGCACCAGCACCCUGCACCUACCCACAGCAGCUGCAGGAUCACCUGCACCAGCACCCUGCACCUACCCACAGCAGCUGCAGGAUCACCUGCCCCAGCGCCCUGCACCUACCCAGAGCAGCUGCAGGAUCACCUGCACCAGCACCCUGCACCUACCCAGAGCAGCUGCAGGAUCACCUGCACCAGCACCCUGCACCUACCCACAGCAGCUGCAGGAUCACCUGCACCAGCACCCUGCACCUACCCACAGCAGCUGCAGGAUCACCUGCCCCAGCGCCCUGCACCUACCCAGAGCAGCUGCAGGAUCACCUGCACCAGCACCCUGCACCUAUCCAGAGCAGCAGCAGGAUCACCUGCACCAGCACCCUGCACCUACCCGCAGCAGCUGCAGGAUCACCUGCACCAGCACCCUGCACCUACCCACAGCAGCUGCAGGAUCACCUGCCCCAGCGCCCUGCACCUACCCAGAGCAGCUGCAGGAUCACCUGCACCAGCACCCUGCACCUACCCAGAGCAGCUGCAGGAUCACCUGCACCAGCACCCUGCACCUACCCACAGCAGCUGCAGGAUCACCUGCACCAGCACCCUGCACCUACCCACAGCAGCUGCAGGAUCACCUGCCCCAGCGCCCUGCACCUACCCAGAGCAGCUGCAGGAUCACCUGCACCAGCACCCUGCACCUAUCCAGAGCAGCAGCAGGAUCACCUGCACCAGCACCCUGCACCUACCCACAGCAGCUGCAGGAUCACCUGCACCAGCACCCUGCACCUACCCACAGCAGCUGCAGGAUCACCUGCCCCAGCGCCCUGCACCUACCCAGAGCAGCUGCAGGAUCACCUGCACCAGCACCCUGCACCUACCCAGAGCAGCUGCAGGAUCACCUGCACCAGCACCCUGCACCUACCCACAGCAGCUGCAGGAUCACCUGCACCAGCACCCUGCACCUACCCACAGCAGCUGCAGGAUCACCUGCCCCAGCGCCCUGCACCUACCCACAGCAGCUGCAGGAUCACCUGCACCAGCACCCUGCACCUAUCCAGAGCAGCAGCAGGAUCACCUGCACCAGCACCCUGCACCUACCCACAGCAGCUGCAGGAUCACCUGCACCAGCACCUCGCACUACCCAGAGCAGCUGCAGGAUCACCUGCACCAGCACCCUGCACCUACCCAGAGCAGCUGGAGCUGAGGCGAGGGUGGAAAGACCCGAGUGCUAA